AUGGAAUCAGCCGGAAUGAUAGUCUUCGAAAAACGGCUCGGCGCUAUGUCGGACAACGUCGAAUGGGCCGACCGGCUGAUCGAAAUCAACCGGAAAAUCUUCCAACUCACGGCCAAAAUGAAGUUCGGCCUUCCGCUCUUUCGGUUCAUGCCGACGCCCACCUGGAAGCAGAUUGUCGAGCUCGAGGACUUGUUUUACACGUUUGAAAUGCUUUUGAUGAAAGAAAAGCGGCGUUUUCUUUUUAGUGAGGCCAACAAACUAAUGGAUGAAGCCAUCGAGAAGCUUUCUUCUAAAAGAGAUGAGUGAGUUUUGCUCUGAAGGCUUUCGGACUUCAAAGUUUUUUUAUAAGAAACUCCAGAACGGUUCCUAAAAGGGCCCUUGUAGGCUCCCCUCUGAGGAUCACUCUACCUAACCCUUUAGGGGCCACUCAGAGUUGCCAAGUGGCCCUUAUAGAGGACAUGCUAGUCGAUUAUCGUCAUUAGAAGAAGUAUUUCCAUGAAAAAAAUCAACAAAUUAGUUUUUUUGAAUGAAAAAAAUAUCAAGUUUUUUUCUUCAUAAGAGUCACACCCUAAACCAUUAUAGGGGCCACUUAAAUUUUACUCCUGUAGGGGACACUUUUUUAUCCCACCCAGGGAGUAUUUUUCCCCGUAAACCUAUAGGAACUCCUAAGUUAUUCAAUAUUUUCCACUUUUCUGACCGACGUUUUUUUUUUGAAAAUCUUAAAAAUUCGAGCUCUGAAACUGUUAGAAGUUCAAGAUAUAGCAAUUUACACACAUGCUCAUAAAAAAGCCUAAACAGGUAGAGGAUUUGAAAUUGAAAACUGAGUUAGAAACAAAAAUUAUGAAAAAGUUGAUAUAUUGCUGACUUUUGAAAAUCUUCCAAAGCCCAUAAUAAUGUCGCAAAAUCGAUAUUAAUGUCGAAAAAUCCAGAUCCGAGAUGCUUUUCGCGAGUUAUUUGAUCAACCGGCCGGAACUCGACAAAAAAGACGUCAAAGUCAUUCUUUUAUCCCUGUUUUCCGACGGUCUUAGCACGGUAUUCUGAUGAAAAUACUGUAUAAUUUCCAAUUUUUCACGCUUCUCAGACAGCUCCGAUGCUCGUCUACAACUUGUUCAACAUCGCCAAACACGAAGAUAUUCAAGAAAGACUCAGAGCCGAAAUCAACAGUGUCGUGAAGCCUUGGGAAGGUUCGAAAUUCAAAAAAAAAAAUCGAAAAAAAAAAUUAUUUUCCUUCAGAAAUCACCCCGGCGAUCCUACAGAAGCUACCCUUUUUACGCGCUUGUAUCAAGGUCUCAAAAAAGAAUGAAUUUUAAAAAAUCGGAAAAUUCUAGGAGACGUUCCGGUUGUUCCCCCUGACCACAGAAAUCUCGAGAAUCCCCCAAAGGGACCUGAUUAUUCGCAAUUUCAAGAUUCCCGCGGGAACCCCGAUCGACAUCAACACCAGCAUUUUGUUGAGGUUUGUUGAUGGCUCGGGCGAAUCCUGGGAAGGUGUUGGGAACAGGGUUGCACGAAAGAGAUUUGCGGAAGAGAACUUGAAUUGAAAUUUCUGCGGGGUUGAAUUUUUUUCAUCGUAACAAAGUUGAUGGUAGUGAAUCUAGACGUGUAUGGAAGAUAAAUAACAAAAAAACAUUAUUUUAAUUAAGCUCUCAUCGUUUAGAAACAUCCGAAAAUAGCAGUUCCUUCCGUGUUCAGUCUUCCGUAAAGCUGUUUUUGGACUUUUUCUAAAUAAUGGUAUCUUUUAUAAAAAUAAGUUUUCGAUAUUUAUCUUCUGAAUGCACAUAACUUCACAAUUAUCAACUUUUCUCCGAUAAAAAAACCUUCUCUUUCAAAAAUUUCGAUUCAACUGCAGUUCCGCAAAUCUCUUCCGUGCAACCCUGGUUGGGAAGGUAACCAUCAGGAGGUUGGAAGUUGCAUGGAAGCUAGAAGGUUUCGGGAAAGUCUUUAAAAGGUGUUCGGAAGGUAGAUGGAAGGUAUUUGGAACGUGAAAAAGGAAAAUGCCAGCCAGAAGCCUGCUGGAAGGCUUUUUUCCAAGUAUAAGGUGUCAGGAAGCUAUAUGGAAGGCGUUCGGCCACUUGCAGGAGAGCUUCCAAACACCUUUUGAAGAACCGAAAGCAGAAGCUUCCCAACUUUCACCUGUGUGGAAUAGUGUUCUAAAAUUUGACCGUUCGACCAAUUAGACCGUUCAACUGAUUCGACCGUUCAGUUUUUCGAACGGUCAUAACAUGUCAUUUUUCUGACCGUUCGUUUGACCGACCAGUUUCUGAAAUUUACAAAACCGAACGACCAUUUCAAGAGUGACAUUUCGAACGGUCAAAAAAUGACCGACCAUUUUUGAAGUGACAUUUCGAACGUUCGAAAAAUGACCGACCAUUUUAAGAGUAACAUUUCGAACGGUCAAAAAAUGACCGACCAUUUUUGAAGUGACAUUUCGAACGGUCAAAAGUCAACAUGUCACUCUGAAAUGACAUGUUGAAAUGUUGAAACUCCAACCGUUCGACCAAUGACCAUUUAUUAUGACAUGUUGAAAAAAUAUUGGUCGAACGGUUGGUCGAACGGUCAAUUUUCGAAACUAUAGUGUGGAACAAUUUUUUCCCUUGCUAAUGGUUUUUGUGGAAAUCAAGAAACAGAGACGUUAUUCAAAUUGAUGAGGCUUUUUUAAAUAAUUUUUCUCGGAGAAACGUCCUUUUUUCCAAUCCCAGAGUAUUCCAGUUCAAAGUUAUCCUGAAACUUCUCCUGACUCUUUUUUGUCCGACUUUUUUGAAUUUAAAAACCUUGAAGGUUGUCUGAAAUGUUUAACGACCAGAUUGAGUUUGAAAUUGAUCUUAAAACUUCUUCCAAACUCGUCUUUUUCGAAUUAUAAUUGAGAUGGAUUGUUAAAGGUUUUCUGAAAUACUCUUGUAACAUCUCCAAGACCCUUUCUUUUCGAUUUUUAAAAUCUUAACGGGUUCAAAAAUUCUUGAAGGUCUCCUGAACUGUUUUUGUAAAAUCUCCAAGACCUUUUCUUUCCAAUUUUCUGAGUUCUAACUGAAUUCAAGUUCCUGGAAGGUCUCAUGUACAGUUUUUGUAACAUCUCCAAGACCUUUGCUUUUCAAUUUUUCAAUUUUUUUAGAACUAAAAAAUCCUUGAGGAUCGCCUGAAUUUUUCAACGGCACAAGUUUCAAUCUUCUUCUUCUUCUUCUUCUUCUUCUUCUUCUUACGCCUUUGUACCGCUUGAGCGGCGUCGGCGCCCAAAGUCGAUUAGCCGAGGUCCUAUCCUGAUAUCAGUGGACUGGCUCCAGUGACAUAUCCGUCCUUGUGUGUGACGGCUGGGGAUUUUGACAAGUUUCAAUAUAAUCCUUAAACUACCCCUAGACUGUUUCUUUACUUUUUUGGGACUUUCAACUGAAUUCAAGUUCCUGAAAGGUCCUUUGAAAUACUUUUGUAACAUCGGCAUUGCUGAGACCGUUUCUGUUCAAUUUAUCCGAGUUUUAUUAGAAAUAAAAAAAUCCUUGAAGGUCUCCUGAAAUAUUUUUGUAACACCUCCAAGACCCUUUCAUUUCAAAUUUCCGAAAAAUCAAAAAAAUCCUUGAAGGUCUCCUGAAAUGUUCAACGACCCGCUCAAGUUCAAGCCGACGCGUUGGUUGAGAGAAAGCGGCAAACACGACCAGGCCCAUCCAUUUGCUCUAUUACCUUUCGGUUUCGGGCCAAGGAUGUGUGCAGGUGGACAUAAUUUUGAAGCUUCAAAAACGAAAAAAAGAUUAUCAAUAUUAAAAGUUGUCAAUUUUCUAGAAUUCAGUUCCUUCCCCCAUUGCUAUAUUAUUGGUUAAACUUUUAACUUUUAAAACUCUCCAUUUUUUACCUUUUUUUUCGAAACUAAAUUGGUUAAAAAAUGCGUUCUCAAUUUUAUAAAUUAAUGACGUAACAGAGGUUUUGACACCACUUUAGUGAUCACUUAAUGGCUGAGGACCGCCCGGUUAAUAAAACUGAGCGUUCAAACAAUAUACGGCUGGUCUGAGCCAUCGGAAAAAGUCCCGACACGAAAAAAAAAGAAAUAGUGCAUUGUUGGUGGAGGGCGCAGACAGGCCACGCCCCUUGACGCCAUGAAUCGACUACAUUGAAAUUCCUACAGUACAAUUUUUUCAGGUUUUAUAAUCCAAAUUUGUCUGGAUUUCCGAAAAUUUAUUCAUGUAGCACAGCAUUUGAAUAAUUUUUUUUUAUAAUGACUUUUCUGGUGAUUUUUUUUUAGAGUUUUCGUGGUCCCUGUUGUAUUGAUUUAUAUAAAACCUCUUCAGGUCGUCGAUUCGCUGAACAAGAUCUCCAAGUGGCCCUGGCACGGAUCGUUUCCGUGUUCGUCCUGGAACACCGACAUUCGGCCAUCAAACAAAUCUACGAGACCCUGAUGAUGCCGCAGGGAAACUGCCAUUUCAAAUUGACUCCCGUUGACACCUUUUUCUGA